UUAAUGCAGUUGAGAGUUUGACAUCUCAAAGAGAAUCGAAAUCCAGCGUUUCUGAAGAGCACAAAAAUCUUGGCAAUGUGAUGGAUUCUUAUAAGAAAAUUUCUGCCGUCACUCUUCCAAUAAUGACUGGGAGCCGUGGAGCUGCGCCGAGCACCUCAUCUACUCCUACCUAUCUGCCAAAUGCAACAACCACCCCAGGCCAAAAGCAAUCUGAAGGCCACAGUCCUAACAAGUUCAUGAGUGAACUGCACAGCAUCCACAUGCCAUCAUGGGCUGUUGCUGCCCUUUGUAUCGUGAGCUUGUGCAUGGUGCUGUCGUGUGCUGUAUGUGUGUGGAAGAAGUUCCUGAAAAAGAAGGACAAGGGCAAGGAAAAGGAAAAGGACAAGAAAAAGGGGAAAGAGAAGAGUAAGGGCGACUUUGACACUGAAAUGGAUGGAGGUUACAAUGAGUCCCUGAAAGAUGAACGUAACAAAGAAACUGAGCUGUCAGACAAUGAGCCCAAGGAAGACGAGAAGCUGGGCAGACUACAUUUCACAUUAGACUACAAUUUCACAGAUAAUACGCUUGUGGUAGGCAUCUUGCAGGCUGCAGAGCUUCCUGCGAUGGAUGUGGGAGGAAGUUCUGACCCUUAUGUUAAACUCUAUCUGCUCCCAGACAAAAAAAAAAAGUUUGAAACCAAAGUUCAUAGAAAGACUUUGGAACCCAACUUCAAUGAGACUUUCACAUUUAAGGUACCAUACACUGAGCUGGGUGGGAAGACCCUUGUGAUGACUGUGUAUGACUUUGACCGUUUCUCAAAACACGAUGCUAUUGGAGCGGUGAAAAUACCCAUGAGUGGUGUGGACUUCAGCCAAUCUCUGCAAGAGUGGAGGGAUCUGCAGAAGGCAGAGAAGGAGGAGAGUGAACGGCUUGGAGACAUAUGUUUGUCCUUGAGGUAUGUACCCACAGCAGGGAAGCUGACAGUGGUUAUUCUGGAGGCUAAAAACCUGAAGAAAAUGGAUGUCGGUGGACUAUCAGACCCUUAUGUGAAGAUCCACUUAAUGCAGAAUGGGAAAAGACUCAAGAAAAAGAAAACAACAAUUAAGAAAAACACUUUGAACCCUUACUACAAUGAGUCCUUCAGCUUCGAAGUACCUUGUGAACAGAUAGAGAAGGUGCAGGUAGCAGUGACUGUACUGGACUAUGAUAAGAUUGGGAAGAAUGACGCUAUUGGGAAGAUGCUGCUGGGCGGAAACAGCACUGGGACUGAGCAACGCCAUUGGUCAGACAUGUUGGCCAACCCCCGGCGGCCAAUAGCCCAGUGGCAUAGCCUCCAGCCAGAAGAUGAAGUCAACGCACUAAUUUCCAGCAAGAAAUGAAACCCAGCAUUUACCUCAAAUAUAUCUAAUUUAUGUUCCUUUAAAAUGUUAAGCGACUUAACUGAGUAAUUCUACCCAAUG